GUUGUUAAGGAGGCAUGGAUUUAUCAAAGUGGUGCAGGUGAAACUUUUAUUGCUUCUCUACUGUUCACUUCAACUUUCCGUCCAAUCUCACCGACAACCCACAUAUAUUUCAUUAACACUUGUUAAAUACUUACACUACUCUUCUUUUUCUUCCUAUUAAUCCCUCUAUUAAUUCCCUUCACCUCUCUUCCUCACUCUCUCACGCGCCAUUAUGGUACAAGCCAAGAAGUUCAGAGGAGUCAGGCAACGCCAGUGGGGCUCCUGGGUGUCAGAAAUUCGCCACCCUUUGCUCAAGAGAAGGGUGUGGCUUGGGACCUUUGAGACAGCUGAGGCUGCAGCAAGGGCUUAUGAUCAAGCAGCCAUUUUGAUGAACGGUCAGAAUGCCAAGACUAACUUCCCCACUUCAAAGAACCACCCUCAACCUGACUCCGCCGCCGCCGCCGCCGCUGCCACUUCUUCUGCUGCUGCUUCUGACAACGCUUUCUUAUCUCCCAAAGCUCUUUCCGAACUCCUCAGCACAAAGCUCAGAAAGUACUGCAAAGACCCUGCCCCUUCCCUCACCUGUCUCAGGCUCGAUGCUGAUAACUCCCACAUUGGAGUGUGGCAGAAAGGUGCAGGACCACAUUCUGGCUCCAGCUGGGUCAUGAGGGUCGAGCUUGGCAAGAAGCAGACCCAGGGUGAAUCAGCAUGGUCCCCCAACAGUGGUGCUAAUCACACUGCUGCAAACAGUGAAGUAGUCGUAGAAGAAGAAGAAGAGGAAGAAGAAGAGGAUACACUCGCUCUGCAGAUGAUCGAGGAGCUACUCAAUUGGAACUAGAAACAAAACAACCCUUCUGCACCUUCUACUUCUUCUGUUAUUCUGGUAACCCCGCAAGGAAAAAAAAGGAACCUUAAUCCGUGUCAUAUAUAGUUUCUUUUCUCAUGUCAUCUCUCUCUCUCUCUAUAUAUAUAUAUAUAUGUAUAUCACUUUCAAUUCGUUUACUUUUGUGUUUCUGUAAAAAUGUUGUCAAAAGUGCUGAUAUGACGAUGCCCAGUUUGAUAGUUACUUAAUACACUUUGCAAUAUUAUGAUUGGUGGUAUUUAAGCAUCCGAAUUCAUCAUCAAA